ACAAGGUUUAAUUUUCCAGGUGUAUCAUACGAAAGUUGUGUACUGUGGAUUAAUUUAUUGUUUUGACAGAAAAUAUGUUCAUAGACGGUCGGGAUUAUGGAUAUAGCAAGUGAUUUGACUGCGGCACGGCAAUACACGAAGGAACUUGUAAAGUGAUUGGUGUUUUAGCGGCUUUAUCAGCGACUGUCCCGAAUUGAGAUUUCAGCAGGUGUUGAGUGUUGAUCCUGCGAGACGUGGUGUUUUCAACGUAAAGGAUACUAAAAUGAAUGAAUGAAAAAGUAAAAAGAGCGCUUGGAAUUGGAAUCAUGGGUAAAGAUCACGACCUGAUACAGACGGUUAAGGAGCAGGAUACUGCAUCCCUCCAAAAGUUGUUGCAAAAAGUUGGAAAACUCCACAAUAAAAACAAGAUCAUGGGAAAUAAUAAGAAGUUGAAUAUUAAUUUUCAAGAUAGUGAUGGAAUGUCUGCGCUGCACCAAGCCGCUCUUAUGGGAAACACGGAGGUGAUGCACUUAUUGCUCGACAAUGGAGCUUCAACUGAAAUCAGAGAUGAAAAAGGCAUGAUUCCACUGCACUAUGCAGCCUGGCAGGGUAAAUCUGAACCGGUUCAUAUUCUUCUUCAACACGGCUCUCCAGUCAACCUGCACGCCCAGAGUGGAGAAACUCCCAUGCACUUAGCUUGUCAACAUGGUAAUUUUGAUGUGGCUAACUUACUACUGUUACAUCAUGGAGACCCAACAGUGGUGAACAAAGAAAACAAAACGCCUCUGGACCUUGCCUGUGAAUUCGGCAGAUAUCGAGUAGUGGAAUUGCUGCUGAGAAAUAACCUGUGCCUUAGACUUCUAGAAGUGAAUGAGAAAGACCUGACUGACAACAAUCAAACAACCUGUCUUCACCUUGCUGCCAAGAAUGGACAUGCCGAUAUCAUUACGUUACUUCUACAAGUUGGAAUGGACAUUAACCGUGCAACUUUAAAAGGAACCUGUUUACACGAAGCCUCCCUUUAUGGAAAGAUUGAAGUUGUCAAGUUGCUACUGGAUUGUGGCAUCGAUGUAAACAAGCCCAACUCUUACGACCAGACAGCACUGGACAUAGUCAACAAAUUCACAUCCAACAAAGCUGCAAAAGAGCUGAAGCACAUCUUGAAAGAAGCCAGUUCUGCGUGCCAGGCUCGAGCUGUGAAGGAUUACUUCAGUAUAUAUGACCCACAGAGUCUGGCCUUCAAGGAAGGAGACAUCAUCACAGUGUUGGAACAGAAGCCUGAUGGCAUCUGGAAGGGUCAGAUAGUGCAGCCUGGCAGGAUGGCUAAGACUGGUUACUUCCCAUCCAAUCAUGUGGUGCUCGUGGACAGUCAAACGGUCUCCAAGCAGCAGGAGUCCAUGCAGCAGUCGAAGCCUGUUGGCAUGCCACAGGUGCCUGAUCUGCUCCAUCGUGGUCAGGGGUAUCUGCCCAACGGCCACGGUCCACACACUCCUGAUGAUGUCUUCCCACCACCGCCGCUACAGCUGCAUUUAACGAGAGGGCCAAUGAAAGAGCAUUCGGAGAACGCAUCGUACAGUAUUCAGUCAGCAGGGUCGUACACGAGCGGAAAUCACCAGCAUUUUGGUGGUAAAAUUGUGAGUCACAAUGGUGUUGCUGGAGAUUGGUUGGCAGGGGACAUGAGGGCCCCCAGCCCGGCCAAGGACAGUCCUGCUAACAGCAACCGCAACAGCGCAGCUAGCAGUGACAGUGGCCGUGGAAUCAGCACCGGUCAUUUGGAGCCAAAGAUCCACAAUCUGGUGACAGUUCAGGUGAACAGCCAGCACCGCCUGUCAGGGCAGAGCUACGAGUCGGGGGUGUCUUCGCGACAGAGCUACCACAGCACAUCGAGCUCCAGCCUCGGCAGUCUCGACCGGCUGGAGGAGAGCGGCUACGCCAGCACCAUCAACGUGGCCGAACUCUUCCAGGCAGGGCUGCAGGAUUGUGAAGUCAUGCAUGCAUGGUUGGCAGACCUUCAUUUUGAGGAGUACUACAACAAUUUCCAUCAAGCAGGUUACGACAUGCCCACAGUCUCGCGCAUGACCCCAGAGGAUUUGACAGCGGUCGGGAUUACGAAACCUGUACACCGUAAACGACUGAAAGCCGAGAUAGCCCGGCUCAAUAUUCAUGAUGGCAUUCCCGACUUUAGACCAAAUGACCUCUUGGAGUGGCUCCAUCUACUGGGCUUGGGCCAGUACUACGAGACCCUAGCUCAACAAGGUUACGACGAGAUAGAUUACGUCACAGAUAUUACCUGGGAGGACCUGGAAGAGAUAGGGAUAAAGAAACUAGGUCACCAGAAGAAAAUCAUGCUGGCCAUAGAUCGUCUUAAGCGGAUAAUGUCAAGCUCCAAGCGUCUGUCGGCCGUGGACAAAAAACACGGCUCCCAGGAAUUGCUGGAGCCCCCGCCACUCAACAUGCGGUGGUCUGGAGACUUGGGUCCCAACUGUGACUUCGGAGUCGGAGCCAAACCCAAGAGGUCUACCUCCGGCGACAGUCUGGCUACCAUCAGCAGUGGUGGCAGCAGUGGGAGUGCCGGGAGUGGGGACAUGCACAUAGCACUGCAGAGGGACACAGCCCCACAACAACCGGACGUCGUGGCCAUACAGGUCAGACGACAAGGCUCUAGAGUCAGCACUAGUGAAUGUCUGCCUGAAGGAAAGGACAUGGCUGGGCAGCCCAUUACGUAUCGGUCGUUUCAGGCCCCCGGCCACAGAAAGUCGGAUUCGAUGGACAACUAUUCAGCCGGUUUGGCUACGUCGGAACACGGUCAAGGGGAGAGAACACAUAUCAUGGUGGCCCCCAUUGUGCCCAAGAUGAACGUGAAGGCAAAGCCGGUUGCAAAGAUUAUUGCAAAGCGAUCCAGUCGGGAAUACUCGCCAGAUAAUAUAGAAGUCGAAAAGCAUGAAAUGGAGUGUAAUUCUGAUGGACACAAGAGUGCUAUUGUGAACAACAUCGUUCAUUCUUCGCCGGGUGGCACGCUGAAAAAGAACAGCCACAUAAUUCAACAGCAGGAACACAUAUAUGACAAACCUCACAUUGGGCCUCCACCAAAAGCUCCGAAGCCCAAGCCGUUGGUCGUGCCUAAGCCCUCCGUGCAGUUUCACAACCCAGGACCAGCUAGUCCACUGUUUGUAAACACGCAGCACCAAGAUUCUGGGCCCCUGACACCGUCACCGACUGGGCGGAGCAAGAAGGCUGCACCGCCGCCACCAAAACGGACCAAUUCCAUUCGCAGUGAUGUACCGACCUACCCUGAAGACACUAGUACCAAUACUCCAGUCAUAAAAGUGAACAGUGUGGACGGACAGGAGGCACGACCUAGUUUUAGAAUAUCCUCUCAAGCCAGUUCACCCGAUCCGAGCAAAGCUGCACACAAUAAUAAUGAGGUGUGCGUUCAGGAGAUCGCACCACAACAAAAGGCAUUCGCUAAUUGUGUUCAGAGUCUGUCGGAAAAAUUUGGAAAGAUUCGAGAGGAAAAAGAAAGUGGUGCUCAGUCAAACAAUUCCUCCGACAGCGAGGACUUCCCUCCUCCCCCUCCCCCAAUAGCCAUGGAUAUCAUCACCCCGAAAAUUCACAACUAUGGAAUACCAUCCAAAGGGAACGCGACGCAGGAUUACGGUGCACUCAAGACCAAUAAACUGAAGCGUGAUGUGACUCAUCCUCACCCCACUUACAGUGACCGAGCCAGAGGCCAGACAUCUUGUGACAGCAGUUCUAUAGACACCAGUUACGGUUCAUAUGGCAAGAGUUACAACUCUUUUGACAAGUCUCAACCUCAAAGUGUUGAAGAAAAAAACGUUUCAGUGGAAAGAACAUUCGGAGUUCAGCUUCGAAAACAUUCUUCGCCACCUCCUAAAGAUAUACAAAAACCUAAUGUUAAACCCGAAAACACUACCGGCCACUCGGAUUUUAAAUCUGAUGGGAUAAGCCAUCAUCAGCCUGCUAAACCGGAUGGACCUUAUCCCCCUAAGUCCUCCCUCAGUGAAAAACGUAGCGAUUCUACGGCUAGUUUUGACUCGAACUGUUCCACGUCUAGUGUCGAUUCGAACACAUUACCGUUUGCUAAUGAAAAUGUGGGAACAAUUAAACAGAAAAGUCCAGCGUGUAAGCCGUCAAUUGUGGAUUCAUUUGAGGAUAUCGAUGGUCAGAAAUUUUUUGACUUGAGUCCUGGUCUGUUUGAUCCAAAUAUGAGCACAAUGACUCCAGGUGGUGGUGUUGGUUAUGGUACAAACUGUGUGCUUCCCCACGUUAGUGCAAUAGAUCACCACGGAGUGGAGCUCAUGGCACGUGGAUAUACUAGUGCAAAAGCUGGUGCUGUAGAUGCACAGUCACAUCAUACUGCUCAAAAAGGUACAUUUCGUCCUCCAUUACCUGGUAAGAAGCCGUCACUUCCAUCAAAUAGUCCACCACAGCAAGCUGUGAAACCUACACCGUCUGUACCAAAAAGUGAAGACACGGGUGAUGUGUUGUUUGACAUUGAUAAUAUGCUUCAGGGACUCACAGACGAACUGGAUGCUAUGUUAGAGCAGGAGCCAUCGUAAUUCUACACCGUUUUCGUCAUCGCGAGUUACCAGUGAAUACAUGGACAUACUGCUGUUCUCAUCAACUUUGUCAAAUUAUCUUCAAAAUCCUCCCAAAUUCUCUUUAAUGCCAGAUUUCCUGUGCUUUUGUGACGUACUUUUUCCCUAAUUAUUGUUAUAAGAUUUUUUAUAAAAAUUCUGUUUUUAAAUUGUUAUAUACAAAAAAAAUUGACAAAUCAAAGAGAAUGGGCAGCUCAGAAUAUUGUUUUGUGAAGUUACCUGAAGACUACAGUUGAAUGGAUUAAUCAUGUUUUGUUGUGUGGAAAAUAUCAUCUACAUGUUUUGGUGCAAGACGUUGCUUGUGCUGACUAACACACGCCGCUUUUAAAAAUAUUUUUUAAAAGUCUUUCACAUGGACAUUUUGUCUUACGGAAAAGCCUUGAGCAUGUGCUUGCAUUGGGAGGAACGAGACUGUUAUUUGCUGAACAAUUUACCCAGGAACUUUUUGCAGUCAUGUGGAUAGGUUUGGAACAGCUUGCUGAACUCUAUUGUCCAUUAAAGGUGGAUAUUUCCAGUGCAGAUGUUUUUUCGUUUUAGAAAACGUCGUGUGUUGGUAGCGAAAACCAUCAUCUGCAUGCUAGGUUAUGACUAUUUAGACUGUACAUUGUUUAGGGGCAUCAGCCUGAUCUAACGGUUCUGUAGCCAUGUGCCAAAUGUCUGUAGAAUUCAACCGAGUGCUGUGUACAUAAAGUGAAUGAUAUCAAAAGCUUAAUAUAUUCUACAAUUCAAAGACUUUUUUUUUUCUUUUUACUUUUUUGUCUCCUGCCCAUAGUGUGUAACUUGACAAGGGAGGCAACUCUAUUUACAUCACUUAAUAAUGGGUCAGGUGAAUGUGUUGGGUGAAAUAUGUUUUAUCGCAUGAAGUUAACAUGGUUGAAUGAAACAAAUUCUAUUUAUUCUAUUUUUUUAAAUUGAACUAGUUUAUUGAUUGCAAAAGUUUCAUGUUUAUAAAAUUAACAGCCACCCACUCAUUCAUUUCAUUAAUGAUGGGAUUUUGUUUAAUUUCUUCAUGUUACUCUAAGAAUUUAAAAGCAAAUAAUAACAAGGUUGUGUCAUUUUGAAUUUGAGCAUCUUCACCAUAAUUGUCCUGUCUAAUAAAAGCGGUCAUUAAAACUGACUAUCAAAUCAUCAUUUAUAUACUUUUCAGGUUUUACACACUUUGCUUAUAAAACAUUAACAGAGGAGCACCAUCUUUGAUCAAAAUCCUAUAAGUCAACACUCCUUUGGUCAAAACACACUGACCUCCGGGCUCAAGGUUCACACAUAUUAAGUAUGUAAUUUGAGUUCAUACUCACCAUUUGAGCCGUACACUUUAAAUUUGAGCCUUGAAUCCACAGGAAAGUGUUAACAGUGUGGGGACAGCAGAUUUUAUUUUGGCUCGGCUAAAAUAUUGUUUCUGUACAUUUAACAUUACAAAAAUAUAUUUAUUCAGUUGUAUUUAUAUUUAAUCUGGAUAGGUUGAACAUUUUCCAUAAUAACAGUAUAAUACUUUUGAUUUUAAUGUUAUAUGUACCUGCUACAUUUAGCUUAACUAGAGUAAACAGAACUGGAUAAGAUUGAUUUUGUUUGUUUACGUCAACAAUGUAUAGUGGCUGGGAACUAAUUACUAAUGACUUUUAAACAGGACCCGAUACUUGAGGAUUCCAGUGAUAAAUGAUUUAAUGUGGCAGCAACAAUUCAUUUAUGAAAUUGACCAUUUGAAUACAUUAUGUCAACAAACGAAUAUUUACCAGCAUGUCUUUUUAUUCCUGUGUUUUUGUGUUCUGUACCUCAUGGGUAGAACCUGUUGUUAACGACACUGAUUUAUUGUUUACCCUACAUUUUCAUGGUGUGACUUGGAGUAACAAUCUGCAGCAGUUUAAAAACAAUUUGCAAAAAUAAUUUCAUGUAAUUAUUAACAUUUUGUUAGAAAAUAACAGCUUCUUCAAAUUUCGAAAUUUUAAUAGAUAUUUGGCAAUAAUUUUCUGCCCUACAUUGUAGUGACAGUUUAGUUGUGAAGCAGUUGGAAUAAAAUAAACAUUUCAUGUACCAUACCCUACAUCUAAUCAGUUCAUGAAAUCUAUAUCCAAUCUAUUUGGUUUGAGCACCAUGUUAUUUGCACACAUUAGUAAUAGGAACAGUUUAGCUGUGACAUAGUUAAUGUCAUUGACUAAUGAGUGAGAACUAGAUGUGAUCUCUCCCUAAACCAGUACUGGGAUUUGAACCCAGUACCUACCAUCCUUAAGCCCAAUGACUUUAUCAUUUAUUUUUACUUUAAUUUGCUGGGGUAUCUUUUAAACAUUCAUUCAUUCUUGUUUACAGCCGAGACAAGAAUCGGUUAAUUAUAAACAUGUUACAGCAUGCUACAGAUGGUGCCUGCGAGUCAUACAAUGAAAAAACCAUCUCCAUCCGUGAACCAUUUUGUCUGUUAUCAUUUAUCAUCCUGCUGCUGAAUAUUGCAUUUAAUAGUUCAUCUGUCGGUAUGAAGACUUGGAAUAGCAAAGAGAUUAAGAGAAUUAGUACUGUGUGUGGUAAUAUGUGCUGCUGUACUACAUGUAAAUCUGGCAUAUACGUUUGCUAAAUUGCUCUUCAAAAUGACUAAUAAUAUUAUGCGAGACAACGGUUGGGUAAUGGAAACUCAUGCUUAUAAAACUUUUAGACUCAUCUCUGACACAUUGAGUACUGCCGAAUGUCUGAUCACUGUAUCAGUCAACAUCUUUAAAAGUUAAAGAAAUUACAAAACACUCAUCCCUGAGCAUGCUGAUAAAUACACAAUUUAGAAUAUAUAAUUUAAAAUUGAAGGAAGAUUUAAUUUUUUGUUUUUUUGUUAGGUUUUUUUUGGCUUUGUUUUUUUUAAAUUAAACAUUGCAAUUUUUAUGACUAGAGUUGUUAAUAAAUUCAGCCCUAGGUUUCACAUGGUAUUCAGUCAUUAAGACUUUUUUCCAGUCAAAACCAAAUCAGUACUAAUGUUAUAAGCACAAACCGUGGCUCAAAAUAAUCUGGUUUCAUGAUUUCUUGGUCCUGUUGUUUGCAAGCUUUGUUAGAACACAGUGAAGUGUUUGUCAGUGUAAUAUGAGGAUUGUGUUAGAUGGACAAGUACCAAUAGUUUGGUAUUUAUUGAAGGUGAAGAAAUUCCAGUUCACUUAUAUACAUGUAACAUUCUAAUUGUAUAACAACAAUAAUUGUUCGAAUGCUGCUGUAGAAUUUGGUAUACUAGUACAUGUAUCUGAUUUCAGAUGGCUUCAUUUUCUUUAUUAACUACAUUGUCAAUCAGGAAAGGAAUGUGUUGAGGUGUUGUUACAUUCCUUUCCUUCAUAAUAUGGUUAACAGCAGUGGUAUAAUUUUACUUGUCUAGUCUUCACAUCCUCAUAUUUUCGAUUUUCGUGAUGGUAAACACCAAAGUGUGAUGUCUUAUGCUUGUUUUGAUCCUUAUUAUACGUAAAGGAAUUUGGUAAUUCCUAAUUACCAACUUCAGGUUAUCUUUUGUUAAUAAUUGUGACUACAUCUAAAGAAAUAGUUUAAAACCGAAAUUAAAAACAUAUAAUAUACAUAUAACUUAUAUUUUCAUAAGAUUUGAUAUUAAUAUAUUAUUAUUAAUUAAUAUUAAUAAUUCAAAAUGGCAAUUUUUUGUAGGUUCUUUUUUUCUUUCUUUUUUAAACAUUUCAUUCUCGACUUCUUGGUGAAUUCUGUGUAAAUACUUGUACAAAUCUAUAAUUAUGUUAACAAGAUCUCUGAAAAUGUUUAAUGUGUUGGUUGUAUUAACGAUAAUGAUGCGAGGAUGGUAAUCUCAAAAAGGUGUCGGUCUUGUUAGAAUUAAAUAUCAGUUUAGCAGACCUGUCAACCUUUAGCAAGAGAAAGCAGGAGGUGUGUGUUGAAAAAGCAGGAGAUUUUUUUAAAUGCACGCGAUUUAAGUGUUUUUUUAAAGUAUUACCAUAAGUUAUAUGAACACUACAUAAUGUCAUGUAUACUUGUCAACCUUAGAUUUUGACAUUAAAAUAAUAAUAAUAAUAAAAUAAAAUAAUUAAUUAGAAUUAACAGACAAUAUCAGUCAGGUUAGGUUUAAAAUUAACAAGUGUCUUUUUAGUAUAUGUAGAUGAAUGAAAAUUGACAGCAUAAGUGUAGCUAGAAUUAACACAGACAACUUCAUCCUAGAUUGGUUCGUAAUUUACUGUGUCGGUCAUGUUAAAAUUAACAGAUUAUAUCAGUCUUAGUUAAAAGUGAGCAGACAAUCAGUCUAGGUUUGAAAUUAUUUACCUAUAAAAUUUAUAGUGACCCGAUUGUAACAAUGCAUUAGUAUCAAAUAUAAACACAAACGUACUUUUGCUCAUAAAAAGUCCUAGAAAAAAACAACCUAUUAUAGUUACUGUAUCUUAAACUAAAGUUUAAAAAUAUAUAUUUGGUAUAUAAAAAGUUGUUACACUGUUGGUAGGGAUGGGGUGUUUGAAGCUUAUUUUGGUGUAGUAAUGUUUGGCGUUUUAAAUUUAAUCAUUGAUAUUACAAACUCCUGUAACCAGACAAAAUGAGAAUACUUUUAUAAUUAUGUUGGUAUACUCUUUAAAUUGGGAUUUAAAAAAAAAAAAAUUAAAUUUAUAAAUAUCCGUUUAAAAUUUAGAACAUCCUUCACUUCCCCAAUUUUAAAACAUUAAUACGUUAGUGAACUAAAUGUUUGUAUUUUGUGUGCCUUUUGUUGUAUGAAAUAAACUCAUUAGUGAUCAUUCUGAAAUAUUUGCUCCUUCAAAAAUGAAAACUCUUUCUCAACUGAUUAUACGGGUAAACCAACUGACCUGGUUGUGCCUUUUGUAAAUUUUUCUUUAAAAAAAUAAAUAAUUAAUAAUAUCAGAGAUCUAAUUUUUUUAAAGUACAUGUAUAUAUAAACCAAACUGUGAAAGGUCAUCUGCAUACAUUUGUUUUAGAUGUGUGCCGACAAAACGACUUGUGCACACAUUGACAAAUAAUGGCAUUUAUCAUAAAUGAUUAAAGGUACACAGGUAUUUUGGAUAGUUACAUAUGAAAAUACAUAAAUUGUUAUUGUAAAUUCAGCCCAUCAUGUUUAGCAGUAUCAUUUACCAUUGUUGUUUCAUGUUUAAUUAAGAUAAUCCUACUACCUUUACCAGUGGUAAUUAUUGUUGCAUUAUAGAAAGUUUUAGCAGUAUUGUAUACAUAUUUGUAGCCCACUCUUACGCUAAAAAAGUAAACCUUUUGAAAAUUACAAUAUUUAAGCUGCUAUGUUGAUUGAAACAAAUUACCCACAUCUUUGCUAGCCGUGUACAAGUAACAAUGUAGUUUACUGCCACAGCAAUUCUAACUAGCAAGCUUUAUUUUUAAUCAAAAUGUCUUUAUUUAAAUACAACAAACAGUAAUUGUGAUAUGUAGUAUAGUGUAUACUCCAUGAUGUGAUAAAUGCUUUUUUAGAGCGUAAAAUUUGAGCUAUGCAUGUUGUCAAAGAAAAAUGUUUAAAAAAUAAAAUAAAAAAUUGUCGAGCCAAAGACAUUAUUGCACAAAGAAUUUGUUUUUCUUGCUGAAAAUACUUGCUGUACAAAUUAUGAAAUAAUGUUCUCUUGAAAUUGUCAUCUCAAAAUAAGGAACAAUGCUUUAGCCAUCUUUUCUUUUAGAAGGGUGGGGUGGGGGAAUCCACAUCAGUCCUAGGUGAUGGUUAUUUGUAUCAAAUGAAUUACAAUGUAUAAUAUUACCUCAAAGAUUUCAAAGUGCCUGAACAAUUGUUGUAGAGAUCCGUUUCACCAGUUUUAUCAAAAUGUCUUGUACAGCGAGCACCAAAUCAUGUUAAUUUAGUGCAUGCAUAUUUGAUGCAGUUUGUUAUUGUGCUAUUUAAGGAAAGUACAUGUAUUUAAAGAUGCCUGAAAGGUGUGUGUUUAGUUGUUUAAAGUACAUGGAAUAAUGCAAGUCUGGAAUAAAACUUGUUGACAGAA